AUGAGUCGAUCGCAGGAUACUGUCAUCGAUGAUGACGAAGAGACAUGCCCUUUAUGUAUCGAAGAGUUUGAUCUUUCCGACAAGAAUUUCAGACCGUGUCCUUGCGGCUACCAGAUAUGCCAGUUCUGUUUCAAUAGUUUGAAAGUCCUGAACGAUAAGAGCACCUGCCCCAACUGCCGACGGCCGUACGAUGAAAAGACGAUCCAAUACAAGAUCCCUACGGCAGAGGAGUUCAAGCUUGACCAGUUGAACAAAAACAAGAAGCAGGCAGCUGCUAAACGGAAAGAAACCGAGAAACGCGAGAUCGAGACUUCCGUACGACGGAACCUAGCUGGUGUUCGAGUCAAACAACAAAACCUCGUCUAUGUCAUUGGUCUGAUACCAUCGGUCAAGGACGAGCAGUCUCUUCUGCAGACGUUACGUGGUCCAGACUAUUUCGGUCAGUACGGCGAGAUCGAAAAGAUUGUUGUCAGCAAGCCAAAACCAGGAGUGACCAGCCAGGGCAUUGGUGUCUACGUCACAUAUGCACGUAAAGAAGAUGCGGCGACAUGCAUAAACAGUGUUGAUGGCUCUCUCAACGGUGAUCGGGUCCUGCGGGCUCAGUUUGGAACCACGAAAUAUUGUUCCGCUUUCCUGCGCGGCGAGGUUUGCAACAACAAAAACUGCAGCUUCUUGCACGAGACUGGAGAAGAUGGCCAAAACAGCUCCUUGCAGAACGAGUCGCAUGGCGUGAAAGUUAGACCAACGUCCAGCCAAGUGGUCCCCCCUGCAAGACCGUUAUCUGCUGCUCAAGUCACUCAACCUAUGGUACGGCAGAGUAGCAAAGACGACGAAAAUAGUAGAAAGGACAGUCACGAUGGUUCGGCACUUCCGUCCACGGCAAGUUGGGCCAAUGCCAAUGCUCCUGUGGCUCGAACGAGACGAGCAAGUCAAGCAAAUAGCCGUGCUACCCCAAGUCCUCAGAUGGUCCACGCUACUCCAGCCAUUCAGAAAGCCGACGAGCCCAAGACGAAAGAGGCUACAAGCCAACCAUCACAGGCCACAUCCGUCAAGAAAGUGCCCACCAAGACCUCACCACCUACUUCGAAACCAAAACCCAAACCAGUCGAUCCAAUUCAAGAACAUUUCGAGUCAGUCUUGCGAAGUAUAUCCCCAUAUGCAGCUUUCAAUUACGACGACUCUUGCCUCAGCCCAGAAGUUCGAGCUGCUGUUGCUGACAUGCCACCUUUCAUUGACCCCUAUGGUGGACUCAAACGCCGGGCAAUGCGCGAAAGAGAAGAGCUUGAACGUUUGAAGCAUGAAACCGAAGCAAAGGCCAAGCUUGAGGCUCAGGCCACGUCAACGGCCGAAGAUGCCCUCGAUGAGGACAACAUGGUAGCCGGGAGCCUCGCGCUGGGAGGUGAACCUGAAGACGAUCCUAGAAGUUCUUCGGCCCGUGGCGCAAUCGGUCGUCCAUCUCAAACGUCCGAUAAUGCCCGCAGUCUAACCCCUCAACAACGACAGCAACUUGCUUUUCUGAACGCUGGUGGCAGUCAGGCCCCAGGCCUUGGUCAAAACACUGCUUUCGAGAUGUCCGACUUUGACAGACGUGGUCCUCAAUACAGUCAAGCUCAAUAUGAACAGAUUAGCAAUCAUCAGCGCCAUGGUUCACGGUACUUCAACAACGAUGCCAAGACCAGCAACGCCAACCGAUUUCAAUCGACCCAGUCCUCCUUCUAUUCGAGUGGUGUUCAGGGACCACCUCCUGGCCUGCCUACUGCUGGAACCCCUCCGGUGAGCGGUGGCGGCAUGUUCGCGCAUGGCCAAAACUUCACGAACCCGGGUUUCGGUGCUUCUAAAGACACAAAUGCUGAGGUUUAUGCGAGGAAUAGAAGUGGGACAAAUCAGGGUCAUGAGAUUUCUAAGCGUGAGUUACUCCUUUCUUUGCAAAACAAUCCCCUUCGUUCACCUCCAUUACCAGCCCCUGCCCCUGGCGUCCUAAACCAGCUGUAUGGUCAAUAUCAAGGAGCAUACCAAGACCCUGGUCUUGUAAAGCAGAGGAAGAAGGGGAAGAAGCACAGACAUGCUAACACUUCCUCUUCAGGAGGCGGUGUAGAGCAUCUUGCAGACCCGAGCAUAGUCUCCACUCGCAUGCACCAGGGCAACACCACAGGGCAGGGGCUUUUUGGAGGUCAACAAGUAGACGAAAAGAACUUUCCACCGUUGCCUCUUCGCUUGGACACCCAGCCAACGCCUUUGCAUUCCCGAGUCUCAUCUCACCAUAGCUUGGGUUCUGGGGUUCGAUCAUCUACCCCCAAAGUUCCUCCCGGCUUCGAGCGAAUAUCGACUCCAAAGAUUCCGCCAGGGUUUGAGUUGUCCCACGCCCACCCGCCAUUUUCACGGCAUGAAUCACCUUUCGGUCCACAGACUCCUGCUGAAAGGAGUGUCUCCAGAGCCUCGGGAGCCAUUGCUCCUGCUGUCCCUCUGGUUCCACUAGGUCCCCGUCCAAGUACGCCUCAAACAAAGCGCUCCGAGACCCCCAGGGAGGAUAAAAAGGAUACCGACGUCGAAAACUCAGGCGUUCGCCUUCGAAAGCAGAGAAACGAAGCUAGUGAAAUUAGUCUAGGAUCGCCCAAGCUCCGGCCCUCACAGUCCAAAAACACAGUCAGUCAAUCGGCUGACUUAUCUACGAAGGCCGAAGAAAAGCUGGCAAAGCAUGAUGAAUCCCCUUCCAAGUCGCCCACCACGAAGGGCAAGGGAAAGGACAGCAGUGAGAAACCAGGAAAGAUUGAAAUUCCCCCUUCCCCGGCUGGCCCUGCAACAGGUAUCCAUGCCCCGAGCUCUGCUCCCGAAAAGUCUUCGACCCCAACAAUAGAUUCGAGCGUCAUAGGAACACCGGGGACGAUGAGCCCUCGGGCCUCUACACCGGUUGCCACAACGCCUUCGGAGGCAUCCAAACAGUCAGUGUCAAGACCUAGGACGUUGCGACUGACCACAGGUUCGACGUCGAAAAUUUCUGAGCAAAUUCCAGCAUCAUUGGCCAUGGAAAAAGCGGGUGGCUUCCCUCCAAUCUCAGCGGGGAAGAAAGGCUCCAGACGACCGUCGCUGUCUUCAGUCCAGCACAGUAGACCAUCGACCCCUGCAAUAUCAGAAAGACUAUCCCAUGACGCUUCGCGAGCGAGCAGUCCACCUCCUAGCAUUGUUGGCUCAGCGCCCGAACGGAACAAGACCAAGGCUCAGCAGAAAAAGGAUCGCAAAGAGAAGGCUAAGAAGGUAUCUGAAACCACCGAGUCCGCAACCACCUCCACAACUCCAGUUGUUGAAGAAGUUGCCCCUGUCAUUGCUAGACAGAAGAAGCAGAAGAAAAAGGUUGAAAACAAUACAGCAGCCAGCGUAGCCGAGACAAAGAUCCCGAAACAGCAAGAGCCCGUCGAAAAGGCGAAAGCAGAGACUGUCAAUAAAAAGGCACCACUCCAAACACAGGAGAAGGAGAAAAGCAACCACGCCGCAAAGGUAGAAAAAGCCAUCCCUUCUCCUGCACCUUCGACGCCUCAAGAAGAGCCUGCGCCAAAAUUGGAAGAGGUUGUACAAAAGCCUUAUACUCUCCGUGAUCUGUACAAUGAAGCAGGGAAAGCUGCAGAACACGCGGACAGCACUGGGACCGUACAGAAAUUGCUAGGUGAACAUGUCUCGCCAAUGCCAAAGAUAAUUCAAUCUUUGAUUCAGUCCGGGGAUCUCUCUAAAGAUCAUCCAUGGCUAAAUCCUCAAAACUUCAACACAGCAACGUACAAGUUGCCACCUGACAAUCGCCGUGGACAAGAAUAUCUGGAUGCGACUGGCCACAGUGCGACUUCGGCCUUCGGGUAUGUCUACUUGCCUAUCAAGGAGAAACAGUCUCUUCGAGACAGUCAAGCGGUCAGUGUCGCUGAUGCUGGCGACCGGGCCAAUGAUAUAUUGAAGCGAUGCUUUGUGGCACCGAAUGGGUGGGUCCUCCGACAUCUCUCCGCGGAUGAGGAGGCCAAGCUUGUUGAGCUCGAGGAGCGUCGACAGAUGUACAUGGCAGAGUUCGGUGACGUGGGCACCAUGACCGGACUCGGCGUUCUGGAACCGAACGACUUCACCAACCUUGGAGGUGGUCUGGACCGACUUAGCCGACAUGGAGAACGACAUGGAAUAGUAUGGGUCAUGGGUGAAGGCGAAGGUGAUUUGGGUGAAGAUGAUGAAUUCGAACCAUAUGACGGCGAAGACGACGAGUUUGAUGGCGAGCUCGGCUUUAGUGAAGACGACGAAGAGGUCUUUGAUGAUGAAGGACUCGAAGAUGAUCCCGAAGGCGGAUUUCGAGACCAUGUCACUAUGCCUGGUGCGUGGGACAAUCCACCACGCCCGGCCAGUGGAAGGUUCACCUCUCUCCCAGGACUGGGACCGCACUCCAAGACUACAGCACCACUUAGAAUGCCUGGCACAUCUGCUCCACAACCCUCAUCGGCGUCGCGAACAGAUAACAAUGCUGGCGGAACUGGACAUGGAGGCCCGGGGCAAAGUAGUACGUCCAACGUUGCUGUUAAUCUUCGCGUUCUGGACCAAGAUUCGCUUCAACGACGUGUGGUCGAGAAACAAAAGGAGCUAGAGCAAGCGAAGAAGGACAUGGAAAAACUUGAGAAGAUGUGGAAUAAGAAGAGCAAGGAUAUUGCGCGAUAUCGCGAAGGGUAUGCAUUGCCUUCUCGAUACCAUGAGAGUGAGAAGCAUUACGGGCCGGCAUCAAGUGUUGUUCACAGAUUCACGAUCAGCGAGGCCACUCGCGAAACGUUCUGUGAGCGUGUGAGGAUAAUUGAUUCAUAUGCCCGAGCAACAAAGGAGCAACGAGAUGCAGCCGAACAACUGGCAGAACAGAACGACAAGCGGGCCGUGCCCACGACUGCAGUCAAUGGAAUGACUACCUCAUCUCAGGUGGAGUGGACAGUUCCUGAGCUGACGCCAUACGUGAGGACCCGAUACUAUAUGGCAGGUAACCUGCCAGUACCAGAACCACAAGGCGAGCCUCUUUUCACUUUUCAAUUGCCCGUGGAGAUAAAGGGACCGCUGAAUUUUUGA